AUGCUUACCCGAGUUUGGUUUGAUCCUUGGAUUCCCACAAUUCCACCUAGACCUGCGAAAAGCAUCGGUGCUUUUCGUGAUCCACAUUUGUACGUUAAUGAUCUCCUGGAUAGGGAUACCCAGGAAUGGAAGUUGAAUAAUUUGCAAACUCUAGUGGACCCAGCAGAUAUACCUUUGAUCCUUGGAAUACGACCCAGUCGGACGUAUCUGAGCGACGGGUAUAGCUGGGUUCACACGAAAUCUGGAAACUAUACUGUGAAAUCAGGAUACUGGGCCGCGAGGAUGCUUUCUCGCCCUUCUUGUGACCCCCCUUUUCAGGGACCAGGGAUGAUGUUCCCACGCCAAUCUCUAUUUUUUAAUUUUGACUUUCUCCUUUGGAGCGGAAGAGAGUUAAAAUUAGAUGCUUCUGCUACGCAGGACUUCCCCUGGAUUUUGUGGUAUAUCUGGAAGGCCCGGAAUCGAUUUAUGUUCGAAAAUAUCCGUGAAUCACCUAUGGAAACUCUUCUGCUAGCCACUCAAGAAGCGGCAGUAUGGCGUCGUGCGAUGGAGGCUGAGGAUCUGGCAGUCCGCCCACCCCCAGCCCCACCCACGACUACUCCGAGUCCCCCCUCUAAUAUACCUCUGGAGUGUCAGUGUGAUGCCUCUUGGUUUGACUCUGACUCUUUUAGUGGUUUAGGGUGGGUUCUUGUGGAUGGGAGUGUUCGACCUCCGGGGGGCCAUUCCUGGCUUGGUCUCAAGUGUGUUAGAAGGAGUAUUUCACCCCUCCAUGCUGAAUUUGACGCCCUUCUUUGGGCUAUGGAGUGUAUGGUCGAGAUUGGCAUGAACUCUGCUUGCUUUGCCACGGACUGCUCGGAUCUUCUUGCCAUUUUGGAGUCGCCGCCUGAUUGGCCCACGUUUGCAGCAGAAUAUGCUUCUUUUAGGGAUCUCAAGGCAUCAUUCCCGGUCUUCCGAAUCCGCCGGAUCCCGCGUAAGGAUAAUAGGCGAGCAGAUUACCUAGCGAAGAAAGCAAGAAGUCGGGGAGUACAGUUCUCUCUUACAAGCACAUCGGCUCCGUCAUGGCUCUCCCUAGAGGAGAGUUCCUUCCGAUAA